AGCUAACAGUGCAUGAAAUUCCAUGGUUCGGUAAUUACUUAUAGUGAACAAAAUGGCUGAUAAAGCGACUGUUACUGUAAACGAGGGUAAAGUGAAAGGAAUCAAGAAAGUGUCUAAUUUUUCCGGAGUUGAAUAUUACUCGUUUCUUGGAAUUCCAUACGGUCAACCUCCAAUAGGAAAUCUUCGUUUCAAAGAUCCAGUCAAAGCUAAACCAUGGAAAAAUAUUCUAGAAGCUACCACUGAGAGAGAUGGAUGUAGACAGUUUUCCUUGUUUAAAAGAAGAAUGGCAGGUUCGGAGGACUGCCUGUACAAUAAUAUCCAUACCCCUAGUCUACCUUCAAACGACGAACCUUUGAAACCAGUUAUCGUGACUCUACACCCAGGAGGAUUUGUUUUUGGAAACCCAGACCCCAGUUUUUUCGGAUCACCCGAUUAUGUAAUGCACAACGACGUGGUAUUUGUCGGCGUUAGCUUUCGAUUACACAUUCUAGGAUUUUUAAACCUCGGAUUAAAGGACUGCUCCGGUAACCAAGGCUUGAAAGAUAUCAUCUUGAGCUUGGAAUGGAUCAAAGAAAAUAUUCACGUUUUUGGCGGCGAUCCCAAUAACGUGACUGUUUUGGGAAGCAGUAGUGGUUCUGCUCUUACUCAUAUAUUGAUGCUUUCCCCCCGAGCUAAAGGUUUAUUUCACAAAACUGUUCUGAUGGGCACGUCUGUCUUUAACCCUACUCUCAUUACGCAAUGCGAGAAUGCUGGGACAGCUUUGGAAGUUGCACGAGCAGUGGGUUAUGAAGGAACAGCCGAUAAAAGUGAAAGAAGAAAGCUGUUAUCGUUUUAUAAAAAUAUGCCAAUUGAUGCGGCCAUCGUAUUCAAUGCUAAAGCGUUCAUGAACAAUGCCAAGAACGUAGUCUCCUUAUUUCCAAUAUCUCCGUUCCAUCCAACACUCGAUUUAGAAUCGGAAAAUUCCAUUUUACCAUAUUCAUUCGAAACCUUAAUGAAAUCAUCGACAGGGGUACCUUUUAUUAUUGGAUUUUGCGAUAAAGAAGCAGCGAUGGCAUUUACGAAACCACUGAAAGAACGUGCAGCGAAAAACUUCUACACAAUAAUUCGUCAAAAUCAUUGGGGAUGGGGACGAGAUUUGAGCGACGAUCAAAUAAAAGAAAUCCAAACAAAAAUAGAAAAUUAUUAUUUGGAUGGUAAACCUGUUGACAAUUUUCCAGUCUCAACUAAAUGCAAUAUUUUAAGUGAUAUCGCUCUAUCCGACGUGUACGAUACGCUCAUCAAUCCUACAUCGUUAAAUCCGUCAUUAUCAGCUUAUGUAUACAGAUUUGAAUUCGAAGGAAGUAUAAUAACAAUGAAAGAGGGUGUUUUGGAAAUCAUGGAUCAACCCAUAGAUGGAACUGUUCACGGAUGCGACUACAGUUAUUGGUGCAUGAUGAAAGAUCAUCACGGCAAACACGAAUAUGUUUUGACACAAAAAACACGCGAAAUAUUGGAAAAAUUCACUAAGUUAAUUUGUACUUUUGCAAGGACAGGAGAUCCUAAUUACCAUGGGUUAGAGGUUCAAUGGAACCCUUCGACAGUUGAAAAUCCAUGUUAUUUAAGUAUAAAGGAAGAGUUGAAAAUAGUAGAUGGGAAGCUGAACGGAGAAAGGAUGGAAUUUUGGGAGACCCAGAAGAAGUUGUACAGAGCAGAUUAAAUAUUAAAAUUAAAAUAUUCCUAUUUUUUU